CGGACAGCCACAUCAUGGCGCUCAAGAAGGCAGCUUUGGCGGCAGGAGGUCUUACGGUCUAUGGCGCCGGCGUGCUCGCCGCGUACGUGUACAUGUAUGACCCGAGCAAGGACAUGGAAAAUCACAUCUCAGACGCUGAGCGCCAAGCUCGUUUCGACCGCAACUCGGCCCAGUACGAUCAAGAGAUUGGCACGGACGAAACCAUGGCUGGCAUUGGUCUCAUGCGGCGCUUCCUCCUGAAGCAUGCUCAAGGGUCCAUCCUGGAGGUGGCGGCUGGCACGGGCCGCAACCUGCCCUACUACGCGCCAGAGGCUGACGUGCUACUUACCGAUCUUAGCGCUAGCAUGCUCGCUCAAAUUGAGCGCUCAAACCUUCGCGCCAACAUGAAGACUGCUGUCAUGAGCGCAGAGGCCUUGAACUUGCCGACCGACUCUUUCGACACGGUGAUCGACACGUUUGCACUGUGCAGCGUCGACCACCCCGACGUCAUGCUAGCCGAGAUGCAGCGCGUGUGCAAGAAAAAUGGCGGGAAGAUCCUGCUCCUCGAGCACGGGCGCAGCCACUACGAUUGGCUCUCGUACGUCCUCGACAAGUUUGCCGCCAAGCACGCCGAGCGCUGGGGCUGUCUCUGGAAUCGGGACAUCCUGCAGAUCGUGGCCGAUGCGGGCCUCCACAUCGAGACCAUACACCGUUUUCACUUCGGUACAACGUACUACAUUGUUGCCCGCCCGAAAUCAGCCGACACUUAAGACGUCCCGCCGCGGAUUGUCGGUGACACGAAGGGCGUCGAUGACAACGGGUCCUCGCUCAAGCUUGUUAGCCCUGCUUCAACAUACCGUACGAUGCAUUAGCUUCAAUAGACAACGGAUGCGACGAUAUGCACCGAGUUGGCGCAAUCUUUUGCCCAUUCAUUUCCA